AUGGUCCUCUUAUGCACUUUGGCCCUCGGGCAAGCUAAGGUCGUUGACAUGAAGCAAGAUGAGCGCGCGGCCUUGAUGGAUCUAAUCAAGAAUUGUAAUGAGCUCGAUGAUCCCAUUCUUCGAGCCAUUGCUAUCAACCACCGAGUACCUAAACGUGUUGAAGGUGUGUAUUAG